UUCUCUCACACGACUCCUCGCCCACUCAGAAGUCGUGGGUGGGACUCAGAGAGUCGGUAGUGGCAUCGAUUUUCGUUUUCAAAUUAGGGUUUCUUUGGCGGCUAGGGUUUGAUCUUCUCUGCAAAUCAUAUUGCUUCCAGGUUUUCUUCUUUCCCUGUCCCUUGAUACAAAUAUCUCAAGAGUUCUUGAACUCCGUCACUUCCCUCCAAAUUUCCAACCCCAAGUUGGUGUUUUAGCCCCAAUUCUCAUCUGGGUGUCUUGAUCAAAUUUGGUACUCCAAGCUGUGAACUUUGAUCAUCCCUCUCAUCAGAAUCAGUCAAAGAUUGGUGGGUUUGUGAAGAAAUUUUGGAUUCUGCACAGGUUUUGUUAUUUGGGUUUUCUUGAAUUAGACUCUGCUCGUUGAUUGAUUGUUAUCUGUUACAGUUCUUUGAUUCUUGCUUGCUACCAUACAUUGAAUUUGUUUAAGAUUUGUUGGGGGAUUUGAAAGUUUUGAUCUUUAUUUGACUGAUUUACAGAGGAAAGUUUAGGUUAUAGAGUAGUUUUCUGAGGUAUGGAUUUUUUUGAUCACUCACAAUUUAUGCCGCCGCAAACGCCUUACAAUGGCGGUGGCAGUGACGCGGUUAAUUGCUGGCCGCCUGCAUUUUCUGAGAACAAUGAUGACCAGCAUUCUCAGUUUGAGCAGCAACCUUUUAAACGGGCUAGGAAUUCUGAAGAAAGCCAAUCAAAUCCGAUGCCAUACCCUCCCAUGAAUAUCAGGGUGCAGCAGCCUAAUGCGCCGGUUAACAAGGGUGCGAGCAACAUUUUCUAUAAGACCCGUUUGUGUGUAAAUUUUAAAUCCGGUAUGUGUAGGAAUGGUGAGAAUUGUAACUAUGCACAUGGCAUUGAAGAUAUCCGCCAUCCCCCGCCCAAUUGGCAAGAACUUGUUUCUGUGCGUGAAGAAGAUCGACCAUUGCCUGGUAAUUGGGAUGAUGAUCAGAAAAUAAUCCACAGGAUGAAGCUGUGCAAAAAGUUUUAUAACGGGGAGGAGUGUCCUUAUGGAGAUAGAUGUAACUUUCUUCAUGAAGAUCCGGCAAAGUUUAGGGACGAUUCGGGUAGGUUUAGGGAGAACACAGCAAUAAGCAUUGGAACUACAGGGCCACCAGUGCCUCAUGGGAGUGGCUCCAAUCAGCCUGAGGAAAAUAGGCUUGUAAACGCGGGUAUGGAUGCUUUGCGGGGAAAUGUGAAGCCAGUGUAUUGGAAGACAAAGUUAUGUAAUAAAUGGGAGACAACGGGUAAAUGCCCCUUCGGCGAGAAGUGUCACUUUGCUCACGGGCUAACAGAGUUGCAAGCUCCCGGUGGACGCACCAUUGAGGCAGAAUUUCUAAGUCCCCUUCCCUUUCCAACACCCCAAGUUGUUUCCGCUGUUAACUCAUCUGCAACUGCAAUAGCCGCACUGCCUGCUUUAAAUGAAGAAGGGGGGCAGAAGAAGAAGGGCAUGCUAAAAUGGAAAGGGUCCAAGAAGAUCAAUCGCAUAUACGCUGACUGGCUUGAUGAUGUCCCGCUGGUGCACCAGCACAACUUAGUGGAGAGCUAAAUUUGAGUUCAAGCUCUUAUCUCGGCGCCAUUUUUGAGUUGGUUCAAAAAAUCCAGAGUGCUGUCGAGUUUCAAAAGUUUUGCUCUUGAGGAUGAUUUGGUUUACAGAGUUUGAUCAUUGUUUGUUUGUCAGGUCUAUGGGUUCUGUUCUUGUUAUUUAUAGUAUUGGUUCCUCUAUCCUCAGUAGAGAUUGUUGUAAUAAUGUCGCAAAACUUGCUGUUAAUUUUUUAAAAGAUCAAAUAAGAGCGCUUGAUUGUA